UGUUUAAUAAGUUUCGUUUGGUAAUUUGAUUUUUCGUUUUUUUUUUUUUUUUUUUGGUUGCGUUUGUGAUUAAUUACAGGUUUUUGUUUUAUCGCCGGGAGGAAGCAAGAAUUCACCGGCGAUAAUUUCUGUUCAGGUUUCGAUUUCACCUUGAGACAUGCAAUUGCUGCUUUUAAGUUUUGCUCUGAAAUAAAAUAUCCCUGAGUUUCCCUGCAAGUUGAAAGAGGUGAAAUGGAUCAGCAUGGAAACGGACAGCCACCACCAGGUAUGGGGGUAGUGACUACCUCUGCUUCAAUGCCAUAUGGUGUUCCCUCAUUCCAAGCUAACCAAAUGACAGGGCCACCCCCUGCUACAUCUGUUGGUCCUAUUCAAUCUCCACAAAAUGUAGGUCUUCCCGCCUCUUCAUCUCAGAUGGCACAACAUCAGCUCGCAUAUCAGCACAUACACCAACAGCAGCAACAACAGUUGCAGCAACAACUUCAGGCUUUCUGGGCAAAUCAAUACCAAGAAAUUGAACAGGUUACUGAUUUCAAGAACCAUAGCUUGCCGUUGGCAAGGAUCAAGAAAAUCAUGAAGGCAGACGAAGAUGUUAGGAUGAUAUCAGCAGAAGCACCUGUUGUUUUUGCCCGGGCUUGUGAGAUGUUUAUCCUUGAGUUGACACUGCGUGCAUGGAACCACACAGAGGAGAACAAAAGGAGGACACUUCAGAAAAACGACAUUGCUGCAGCCAUUACAAGGACUGACAUCUUUGAUUUCUUGGUCGACAUUGUGCCAAGAGAGGAUUUGAAAGAUGAGGUGCUUGCAUCAAUCCCUAGAGGAACCCUUCCUGUUGGUGGACCUGCAGAGCUUCCAUACUACUACAUGCAAGCACAAUCUGCUCCUCAGGUUGGAACCUCAGGGAUGUAUAUGGGUAAGCCAGUGGAUCAAACUCCUUAUGGUCAGCAGCCUCGUCCCUAUAUGGCUCAGCCAAUGUGGCCUCAGCAGCAGCAGCAACCACCAUCAGAUUCAUAAGCAGGAGUCAGAAACCGGGAUGAAAUAAUAGUACUACCUGAGCACUGGACACAUCAUUGAGCAAGCAGGCUGCAUAGUAUAAAAGUGAAUACAGGAUGGAAUAUGAAGCACUCAGCUUCCUGUUGUUUUUUUAUAGUGUAGCUCAAUCUGGCAUGCCAUAAACUCUAUGCCUUCUAUCAUGUAUAUUUUAAUUAAAAAGUGAAAAAGAAUGUUGUUAAGGUUGUAAUAUUUUGAGAUAGAAGUAAUGCCAAAUCUUUAGGUUGCUUUGUGCC